AUGUUCAGACAAGCCUUACGUCAAGUUGCCAAGCAAAGCAGCAACACUGUUAGAAGAACCUACGCCACCGAAGCCUCCGAUGCUUUGAGAUUGUCAUUGGCCUUACCACACCAAACGUUGUACGCUGACUCCGAAGUCCAACAAGUCAACUUACCAUCCGUCAACGGUGACUUGGGUAUCUUAGCUAAUCACAUUCCAAUUGUCGAACAAUUGAGACCAGGAUUGUUGGAAGUCAUCACCAAGGGUGGUGAAACCGAACAAUACUUUGUCAGCGGUGGUAUUGCCACUGUUCAACCAGGUAACAAGUUGACCAUCAGUGCCAUUGAAGCCUUCAAGCCAGAACAAUUCGAUGUUCAAGCCGUCAAGAACUUGAUUGCCGACGCUCAGAAGAGAGCUGCUUCUGGUGACGAAGUUGCUGUUGCCGAAGCCAACAUUGAAUUGGAAGUUUUAGAAGCAUUGCAAGGUGUUGCUCAUUAA